GUCACGCCGUCGCCGAGCACCGAUUUCGCGCGGAUCGCCGACACGCACACAAACGCGCAUGCGCGCGCCUGAGCACAUUUAUUAUACACAUAAUACACCGCCGUAAACACACGUACACACGUAUACGUUACGCGCACACACAUACGCGAAAACGCGCUUGCGCUUAUUUACGCGAAGCGCCGGUGUCGUCGCACCACCGCUGCCGGUCAGUGGUACCAUUUCUGUCGACGUCAGUCCACCACGAGACCACGACACGCAUUUGUUGUCUUGUGUCACACUACUUGUACGUCUUUUUCACUCUGUCCAAAACAAAUUUACUUGCACAUUCACGAAUAAAAAUUAAAAAAAAAAAAACACAAACACACACACACAUAUAUAUAUAUCAUAUAUUUAGAAACGUGUAUACAUAUAUAUCGAGAGAUAUAUGUAUACAUUGUAUGUAUGUAUGUAUGUAUGUAUGCAUUCAUACAUGUGACAAAAUAUUAUUGUUGUAAUAUUAUAUAGUCUCCGAGUUUCGACACGUUGUCUGUCGGACGAAAUAUUAUUAAUCGACCGUUAUCGGAUGAGAUCACUCGACGACGACAAGUCGUGUGUACUGUGAGUGGUCAAUACAUAAAAUAAAUAUAUAACAUUAAAAAAAAAAAAAAUAUAUAAAAAACUUGUUAUCAUCGUAAAUUAUCACACUUUUACCCGUGAGACGACGACAACGAGACAACGGACAAAAUUUUUGCCGGUAUCGGCGUCAAAGGGGGCUUUUGACGGGCCGUCCACCAGCGGAAACGUACGUAUUCCGCACUGGCAGAAUACACACGUGUUGGCACGUUUCCACGUUUUACACAUUCAUUGAAAACAUAUUUGAGAUAGAACAUUUGCGGGGCUAUCAGGUUCUCAAACGGGCUACUUAAGGAAGAAUUCUUAACUUAAGUUUUCUCAAGAAGCAUUGAAGCAUAAUGGCGGCUUUUGUGGCAAAGCAAGUGGUCGGAAACAAAUUAAACGCCGUAAAAGGGGCAGUGGGCGAUGGCGGUGAAUCGGCUGAGGACAAAGAGAAAAACGCAGAAGCUGAGAGGGAACGGUUGGAGGCAAUCCGGGAGGCCGAGGAAAGACGCAAAGAGAAACACCGCAAGAUGGAAGAGGAACGGGAGAAAAUGAGACAAGAAAUCCGAGAUAAGUACAACAUAAAGAAGAAAGAAGAAUUACCCGAACCGGUACAAGAAGAGCCCGCCAAUCCGUUGAUGCGCAAAAAGAAAACGCCCGAAGAGUUGGCCAAAGAGGCAGAAAUGGAAGAAGAGGACGAAUUUACGAAGUUGAAGAAUACCAUCGAAACACAAGUGAACGAACUCAAAUCUCAAAUUGAGAGCAAGUGCAGUGUUCAAUAAGAUGUGUUCAAAAACGAUGCGGAACAAAAAAUAACCUAAUGAAAAAAUAUUGUGAUUCAAACCCAUUUAAAACAAUAUAUUAUUAUUAUAUAGAACACUAUAAUAUUAUGAUAAAAAAAUAUAUGUGCGUACGUGAAACGUGCACAUGUAUUUAUAAAUAUAUAUAUAUAUAGGAUUUAAAAUAUUAUUAUUAUUGUUGUUGUUGUUAUUGUAUAACAUUUAUAAUCGUCGAGUUAGAUUUUCAGCAGUUUUUAAAAUGAAAUCGAAGUAAAAUAUAUAUUGUUAAUUAUUGUGAAAUUAAAAAUUUAUAGAGCAAGUGAAGUAUUAGCACACGUCUUUUGAAUCUUUACUAUAAUAAUAAUGAUAUUAUUGUGUACAUACGUCUGGUAUACGCGUUUACGCGCAUACGCGACACGUCAUGUACAUAAUAUAUAUUUUACAUACACGUUCUAACGUUUUUUUUUUUAUUUCAAGUUAUUGACUUUCACUCGUUCAAUAUAAUAUUAUAUAGAUGUGUAUAAUAGUAGUUUGAGGUAUAGCGAGUACACAUAUACUGUCUUAAUAUAAUAUAUACGCCAUAUACGGGUUAUGAUAUAAAAUAGAUGUAAUCGUGGUUUUUCGUCAUUUCACUCAUGAUAACAAAUCAAAAAAAAAAAUAAUAAUAAUAAUUCGAUAAAAUAAUUAUAUGAUAUUCUGUUAGUAUGUUUAUUUUUACCUUGGGGAUCAAAUUUUUUCGUCGUUUUCUUUGUAGUAUUUACUAUUUUUUUUUCGAGGGACGACAAUAAUAAUAAAAACAAAAUAAUAACACAAAAAUAAACACAAUAUUUAUACCUUGUUGUUAGCCGUUCUCCAAAACACGGUAUCCCAUCAUUCUGAACAAUUAUUUAACGUUUACAUAAUAAUAUUAUAAUUAUAUUUUAUUUCGGUAAACAAUUAUUUUUGUAUUACUUUAGUUUAGUUUGGUUUUUGUUAAAAGGCCAACGUUUUUGUCAAUUAUGUUUAAUGCGUUCAGUUUCUCAUCGUUUCGUUUCGUCCUCCCAGCAGCACAAUACAUUGUCAUCGUUACAUACAUUAUUAUACCGUUAAAUUAUUAUUAUUACUAUUAUUACAAUUAUACAUGGAUAUUAUUAUAAUGUUAUAAUAUACUUUUAUACCCUAUUUACUUAUAUUAUUAUACUCUCUUACUUAUUAUUAUUUUUUUUUUUGUUAUACGUUACAGUUUUAAAUCUCUUAUAUAAUUUGUAUUUUCAUUUUUUUUAGAUUCGACUUUUUAGGUUACACUACGCGUUAUGUAUUUCAACCGGACCCAAGCUUUUACGUUUCGCUUGUUCUACGGGUUCUUUGUUUAUUGUGGACGUUUUAAGAAAAAAAAAUUAAAAUUAAAACACCGUUUCGAACUUCAAACAUAUGCCGUCUUAGACUAUUCUACUAAAGUAUAUACUGUUACUCACUGUCUCUCAUUCUUUAUCUCUCUAUCUCUCAUUCUGUUGCAAAAAUUUAAAUUUGGAAAAAAUAUAUUAUAAUAUAUAUAUUUGUUUAAAAAAAAAAAUCAGGCUGUGAAUAUUCUCAAACGAAUAAGCUAUUUGCCAUCUAACUUUGUUUUUAUUGUUUUGCAGCAUUCAAAUGACGAAUGUGUAAAAAGUAAUUUCAUAGACUGCUCAAAAUUAUCUAAAUUAAUAUUAGAAAAAAAAUAUUGAUUAAAUUGUUUGUACUGAUUGUAUAUUGAAUUAUAUAGGUGUAAUAUUGAUAAAAAUUAAACAUUUAUAUAAAAUUUUAACGACAAACCUAAAAUAAAUUUUGUUUGUACCAGUCGAACGACUCCGGUCUGCACGAUCCACAAUAAUAUUAAAUAACAAACAUGCGAAAUUAUAUAAUUUUAUUUUAGUGUAUAAUAUACCAUAGUCGUACAUUGUGUAAAUAGCGAUUUUGUGUUAAAAUAUUAGUUGUUAUUUUUAUUAUUAUUAUUAUUAUUAUUAUUAUUAUUAUUAUUGUUUUUAUUUAGAGUCGUAUUAUAAAAAUAUAUAUAUAUAUAUUAUAUAAUUUUAAAUAUUUAUUGGGAUUUUAUAUGUAGAAACAUGUUAUUUAAUAAUAAUAAUAAAAAAAAAAAACUUAUUUAUAAAUAAUAGAAAAUGUAACAAAUUUUAGAAGACAAAAAACUACUAUUACUUUAAAUUAAAAUUAAAAUUAAAUAUAAAAUUUAUUCUAUAGAUGUUUAAUAUAAUAUUCGUAUGUACGAAUCAAUGAUUUCCGUCUGUGUUAAUGGAUUCGAAUUCUUAGUUAGUAAUUUUAUUUAUUUGUUGUUUAUUUUUUAGAACUUCGAAGGAUGUGAACCAGUAAAAUAUGAUUGUUCAAAAACCCA